UUUUAACGAGCAGAUGUUCUUUCGAAGGCGGUUUGCUUGUUGCCACUAAAAGCUUUGCGAAUCACGAGAAAUGCACCGCGUCCAUUCCAUUUCGGGGCCAAUAGAAUCGCAAAACCGCAAACGAAACUCCAUCAUAAUGGGCCAAAAAAUACGUUAGGCAACCCGUUCGAAAGGUUAUAUCGCGAACGGUUAGGCUGACUCGUCUGAUCGCUUAAAACAAGAAGAAAAGAGAGAAGAAAAAAUAGGUAAAGAUGGCCGAUUGAACGUGAUUCAGCGGUUGGCGAUGUACGCCCCGAAACCGACCGGUCUCCUUCUUGGUUCCGGGAAUCCGUACUCCGCCAAUCGGACCUUCAGCACCAGCUCCAUUCACGGACAGCGUGUUCGUCUGGAACGUGAUGAUACAAUCUGGAAAAUUUACCGGCAAUUCUACAUCAACCUUCGCGCGUAGUCAUCAAUGAGAAGAGGAAUCUAAGUGACAAUCAGUAGAGAACAGUGUGAGAAUUUUUCGUGUCAGACGUGUUGUGUGACAUGUGAUUUUCUAUGACAGAGAAACACAUGUGACUGGUGGUAAUUGAAUUCGUUUAUUGUUUUGUUACCAUCGCUAAUUUUUAACAUUUUUGAGCAUUUUUUGCUCAUCUACGGAUGAAUUAAUUAUACACAUUUUAUGUUCAAUUUUCAUAUAGAUUAGUCAUAAGUGUGUGGUGUUAUAUACGUAAGUAUUCUGUUUGUGUUCGGUUUUACGCUUCAUCUUGCUUGUCUGAAGACUUAAGCAUAUAUAAUAUUUGAAUUGUUGUAACAUAAAUAUAAAUAUGACCUUUGUGAAACAACUAUCAUAGAGACAUACAUAAACUAUACAUGUUUCAGUGUUUUCGGUUUUACUUACGUCAAAUAAAAUUAUGUAUUUCGUCAUAUUGCGUAACAUCCGUAAAAAUUUUAAAAGUAAGACAGCAGAGAAAAAUCUUUUUCAUAAUCUACCAUUUUAAAAUAAAUAACACUUACAUACUAGCUCAAAAUAAACAUUAUCAACACAAAUGUAGAUAUUAAUAACACUUAUAUGUACUUGAAAUUUUAACAACCUUUUUAAUAUUUAACGCGCGUUAAAGUGUAUCUACGAUUUAUAAGUUUACAAAUAACAUAAAAUACUCCUAAUUAUCUCAACUCAACUAGUGCAUCCCUAACUCAUUGCAACAGAACACAUUUCUCAAAAUCGACAAUUAUCGCGAAUUGUUAACUAACACUUGGAACAUUCGAUUCGUUGACCGUGUUAUUCAAGUGUCUAUAUCCGGGGAAACGGGAAACGUAGACCAUCCGGUUUCUCGGUCGAAACUGAUACAAUACAGGGUCAGUGGUGCUGCAAGGAUUCAUCGGAGAAAUCGGCGAGCCCCGAUGACGCACGUGGCUCGUUUCAAGGAAACGCAUGAAUCGACCGAUGCGCGAGUCACAACGAUUUCAACAGUGACUUACCUGCUGUUUUGCUACACAUAAGAGUAUUUUUGGAUGAUUAGAAUUCGACGAAAAUAAUUUUAGAACAAUUUUGAAGAGUAGAAUGAUUCAAGUUUGAUAUUAUAAAAAGAAAAUAAAAUCUAAUAUCAAAAGAAGAUAAAUGAAAUUAUUUAAAAAAAAUUUUUAUAGAUACGUAUUUAUGUUCGAGCAAAAAUAAACAAAUGUGAUCAAUCUUAUUGAUCGAGAUGUAUUACUUAUAUCUCUUAAUACAAAGUGUCAAGCUAAGAAUGACAGAUACAAGUUGAAGAUUAGAUUAAGAGGGCAUACUCUAAAGUGUUAUCUAUGUACAUUGUUAGGUACUUCAAAGAAGAAUAUCUAUCCUAAAAUAUGGAGUGAUUCAUAAAAAUAAACGAUCAGCUUAUGUAUAUACCUACACUCUUACACCUACAUAUUGCAUAUGUAUUCGAUGAAUCAUGGACAGUUUGUGGAGAUCACGAGUCAUAUAAGCUGGUCGUGGGAAAUGAAACCGUAUGACAAUUUCUCGCGGAUGAACCGAAAGAUUGUAUCAAAUAGUCGAAUCGAAAGCAGAUCAACAGAGGAUCGACAAGGAAAUAAUUUUCGUAUUACGAAAAACAUGCAGAAAAGACACUCGAGGAAGAUCAGAUAUUUUAACGUACAAAAUACAAAUAUAUAGUUAUUAAGGGAUCCAACUUUCUUGUUUAUUAUUGACGAAUGUACGAAUCUGAAAAAAAUGCGUGAUUUGACGAUAUGUUGGCGAGUAAGCUUAAGAUUUAUGCCAUCGGUUAAGAAUCAAUACGGAUGUGGCAGCAAAUUAAAUGUCGUAAAAGGAGAAACAAUCGAAGAAAACGAUAUGGAAUCAGAGCCCGUGAUGGUUCCAUCUGAUCCGUCGGAAUGGAACUCGAACCACAUCACAUCCUGGCUUUUAUGGUGCAGCCAGGUGUUUUCCAUAAAACUACCACCGAGUACAAUUCAAUUUCCAUCAACUGGCAAAGAGCUAUUAAAAUUAUCGUCUGAUUAUUGGCACAUUAUUCCUGGUGGAAAAACUUUGGCACGACAUCUUGGUUACCUUCAAUACCAGGCAACUGGUAUACAAUUGCCGAAUUUGUUGCAGAAGGAGAAAAUUGAUGAGAGGUUCAACCUCUUCCAACGAACUUGCUCUCUGAUUGGAUCGACAGCUGGAGUUGUGGGUUCCGGGGCGGUCGGAGGCGGACAGGUUCAACUCUGGCAAUUCCUGCUGGAGCUGCUCUCGGAUUCGUCCAAUUCAUCCUGUAUCGCGUGGGAGGGCUCGAACGGCGAGUUCAAACUUACCGAUCCGGACGAAGUCGCGCGUCGAUGGGGCGAACGGAAGAGCAAACCGAACAUGAACUACGACAAAUUAUCGCGAGCACUCAGAUAUUAUUACGAAAAAAAUAUCAUAACGAAAGUACACGGGAAACGAUACGCGUACAAGUUCGACUUCCAUGGAUUAAUGAUGGCUUAUCAGACCCAAACUGGUGUCACGUUGGAGGCAUCUCAAUCGAGCCGAGGAGCAUCGAGUUCGCAACAUCCAUCGGCACCUCCACCACCGCCUCCACCACCACCGCCUCCACCGCCUCCACCACCACCACCACCUCCGCCACAUUAUUGUUGGCCUUACCACAGAUACUCUCCACCAACGUAGCAUAAAGAAUUCAUUGUUUUUCAUUUGUGACAACAUGAACAAUUUUUUGUUAAGUUAGAUCAUGCGUACGAUAUGCAAUAGGCAUUCCAGUGCAUAAAAGCAAUUGUAAAUUAUACUACUAUUUUAAAGAUUUUAAAGGAGUAGAUAAUUUCCGACGUAAUUUGGAAAGGUUAUAUAAACUUUUUGUUAAGCAUAUAGCGAUAAUUAAUUAUUGGUAGAUCUAUUAUACGCGUGUAAUUAAUGGUUCUUUUUAAGUGUAAUAUAUAAGAUAAAUGUUAACUAUAAAAUAAGUAUGUACAACAGAUAAAUUAAGUAUCUAACUAUUGUAGGUAUAGUUGUUGGUAGAGAAGAAUAAAAUUAUUGUAUAUAUAAAUAUAUUAAGAUGUUUAGAUAAGCAUACAUAAAGCAAUAGUGAUGUCUCCAUUAAAGUUUUGGAUAUGAAUUUAUAUGCACUUCUUUAAUGUUGGAAUGUACAGUUUGUAAGCAUAAUUUUUUAUUUAAUGAAUGUUAAGAUGCUCAACGGUUACCUUAGGAAA